AUGAAAGCAUUAUGGGAUGAGUUGAACUCACUCACGGUGGUGAAACCCUGCACUUGUGGACAUAGAAAGGGAAUUGCAACUCAACAACAAGACCGUGCGAUGGAAUUUCUCCAGGGGCUUCAUGAUCGAUAUUCGGCUCUCCGCAGCCAAGUCUUGCUGAUGGAUCCAUUCCCAGACGCCACAAAAAUCUAUGCUUUAGUUCGAAAAGAAGAAAAACAGCAAGAAAUCCACUCUUUGUCCCCCUCUGUCAAUGCACCAGAAGCUACUGCACUUUCUGUCAACCAAGCGCCCAUUAAUACUGUUGAUAUUUCUCCCAAAAAUCAGGCCAAUGCAAGUGCACACUCAUCCAACUGGUCGAACAACAGCCAACGAAAUAAUGUAAGGGACAAUCGUCGCAAUGGAAAAUCAAAUUUGCACAAUCACGGAACCAUCCUCGAAACCAGGAAUUUUUCAAGGCCAUCUCCUUCAAGACCUCACCAAUCUGAUGAACAGGCACUGGUCUCUCCGCCACUCUUCACACAGGAGCAAUACCACGAAAUUCUUGCCAUGCUUUCUUCAGGUAGCAUUAAUCCCCAAGCAAACUCAGCAGGUAUAGCACUCGCCGCAUUAAACUCUGCUUGGAUUAUUGACACUGGAGCCUCCAAUCACAUGCGCUCCUCUUUGGCAUCUUUCUCAUCAUAUUCACUUUGCUCCACUCAUGUUCAAUUACCCGAUGGUUCACAUGCACAAGUCACCCAUAUUGGAACUGACCUGUCUGAGAAGAAGAUGAUUGGACUGGGUAGUGCACAUGGCGGCUUCUACUAUCUUCAGACCCCUUCUGCACAUCUCAUCAUCGGUACACCCUGUUGGGAAACGUGCUAG